UCAGCGCAGGGCUUUGGAUUCUGGGAGGGGAGCACAACACACACAUCAGCCAUUUUCAGUUUGCUGUGGUCAUCCUCUCUCACUCAAGCACAAAGAUCCGCCGACCGUCGAGCUGAAAGGGACGAGAAGGAUGGACGAAGCGAAAGCGGGACACCGUGAGCUCGCGCGUUUGGUCUGCUGAGCGCGUGGAAGACAAAAGCGCAUCAUCAUCAUCACGGCCGAUGCUUCUCCGGUUCAUCUGAUUCACGGCUGAUAUCGUUUUACUGGAGCGAGUCUUGGCUUUCGGACGCCUCUGAAUCAUAACAUCACGUUGUUUUCACGCUUGAGUUCAACUAGAGCCCGAAACAACCCCAAAAAAGCGGAUUAUUGAAGUGAGUGCGGCGGGCGGGUGAUGUCCGCCAUGGUGUACCCACGAGAAGAGACGCUGGAGCGGCCCACGCAGGACGAGAUCGUGCUGAACACUAAAGCGGUGAUGCAGGGUUUGGAGACGCUGCGAGGGGAACACGCUCAGCUCCUCAACUCCGUCCUGGACUGUGCUCAGCCGCCGGCCGCGCAGGAGAAGUCCAGCCUGCUCCGAAAGAGUCUGGAGGACAUCGAGCUGGGGCUCGGAGAGGCGCAGGUGAUCAUCGCUCUAUCCGGUCACCUGAGCGCCGUGGAGUCGGAGAAGCAGAAGCUGCGUGCUCAGGUGCGUCGUCUCUGUCAGGAGAACCAGUGGCUGCGGGACGAGCUGGCCAGCACACAACACAAGCUGCAGAAGAGCGAGCAGAGCGUGGCCCAGCUGGAGGAGGAGAAGAAGCACCUGGAGUUCAUGAACCAGAUCCGGAAGCUGGACGAGGACGCCUCGCCCUCCGAGGAGAAGACGGGAGAGAAGGAGAAGGACAGUCUGGACGACCUGUUCCCAAACGAUGACGAGCAGGGCCCAGCUCAGCCCAGCGGUGAAGCGGCGGCGCAGCAGGGGGGCUACGAGAUCCCGGCCCGUCUGAGGACGCUUCAUAACCUGGUGAUCCAGUACGCGUCUCAGGGCCGCUACGAGGUGGCCGUGCCGCUCUGCAAACAGGCUCUGGAGGACCUGGAGAAGACCUCGGGACACGUCCACCCAGACGUGGCCACCAUGCUCAACAUCCUCGCCCUGGUCUACAGGGAUCAGAACAAGUAUAAAGAGGCGGCUCACCUGCUGAACGAUGCUCUGGCCAUCAGAGAGAAGACUCUGGGGAGAGACCACCCCGCUGUGGCCGCGACCCUCAACAACCUGGCCGUGCUGUACGGCAAGCGCGGGAAACACAAGGAGGCCGAGCCGCUGUGCAAGAGAGCGCUGGAGAUCCGUGAGAAGGUUCUGGGUAAGUUCCACCCUGACGUGGCGAAGCAGCUCAAUAAUCUGGCUCUGCUGUGUCAGAAUCAGGGCAAGUAUGAGGAGGUGGAGUAUUAUUACCGCAGGGCACUGGAGAUCUACGAGAACAAACUAGGCACCGAUGACCCCAACGUGGCCAAGACCAAAAACAACCUGGCGACGUGUUACCUGAAACAGGGCAAAUUCAAAGACGCAGAGACGCUUUACAAGGAGAUCCUGACCCGUGCGCACGAGAAAGAGUUUGGAUCUGUCAACAAUGAUAACAAACCAAUCUGGAUGCAUGCAGAGGAAAGAGAAGAGAGCAAGGGUAAGAGGAAGGACUCGGGUCCGUACAGCGAGUACGGCAGCUGGCACAAAGCCUGUAAAGUGGACAGUCCCACUGUUAACACCACGCUGAAGAGUCUGGGUGCUCUGUACCGCCGGCAGGGCAAGCUGGAGGCCGCCGAGACGCUGGAGGAGUGUGUGACCAAAAACCGCAAGCAGGGCAUCGAUGCCAUCAAUCAGAGUAAGGUGGUGGAGCUGCUGAAGGACGGAGGCUGUGCUGGAGGAGACAGACGUCAGAGUCGGGACGGUGUGAACGGCCCCCGAGGAGACGUCGAAGGAGACGAAGCCGAGUGGAGCGGGGAUGGUAACGGCGGGCUGCGCAGGAGCGGCUCGUUCGGGAAGAUUCGGGAAGCGCUGCGGCGCAGCAGUGAGAUGCUGGUGAAGAAGCUGCAGGGCAGCGGCCCUCAGGAGCCACGCAACCCCGGGAUGAAGAGGGCAAGCUCCUUAAACUUCCUCAACAAGAGCGCAGAAGAAACCUCACAGGAAUCUAACAGCGGUCUGUCCGAAUCCAGAGGACUGAGCGCUAGUAAUGUGGACCUGACCAGACGCAGCUCUCUGAUCAGCUAAAAGAAAAAGACGUCAGGACGUGGACAAGGAGCCGAACGCAGAGGCUGUUUGCUACCUACUUGAAUCGAAAAUCUCAUCAAAACGCUUUCUAAAGAAAAUGAUCUUGAAAGCAAAAACAUGUCUUUUAGUUUCACAUCGCUUGCAAAAUCUGGGCUUUGUCUCUCUGCUUUGCCAUUAGCGAGAUCAAACGCAAUGUAGCACGCUAUCGCCAACACCACAUACUCCGUGCUAAAAUCACAUCAUAGCAUGGCGUCAAAAUCACGUAGUUUAGCACACAACGACCAAGUUAACAAAGCAUAUGUUUGCCGUUUAGAAAACUGAAAGUCCAUAUAUUGUAGAUGCACAGAUGCUGUGAAUGCUAACAACGAACUCGCGAAAAUGGUGCGAAAAACUCCUGCGAAUACAUUUUAUGAGUGUAGAAGAUGAGUUGAAAUUCAAGAGCACUGACUGGUACGACCUCACUUUUAACUUCUGAGUUUGAUGUAUAUACUGAUUUAAGUUAUUUAAGGUCUUUUUGUUUCGUAAAAGUUAGCGCACAAGGAUUUCGUUUACACUGUAGCUGGAUGUCUGUCCUGGAGCGACUGGAAAUCGUGUUGAACGAUACAAUGAAGGAUUCUGCUGUACGAUUUAAAGCGGAUUUGAGCUAGAGGUCUUAUUUAUUAACGAAUCUAUAUUCAUAAUUCGAACGCUUGGUCAUUUUAUCCGAUUGCAAGUCGAACUCCAGCUCAAACUCCAAAGAGUUGCUGGAAAAGGCCUAACGUAUGUAACUGGAGAUUUCCAACAGUUUAAAAUGUGAAGUGUUUUUAAUUUUAUAUGAUUUUCUAGCCACUUGAAAACCAAAAUGUGGCUAAAACUCUUUUUAUUAUCUCUUCGUUGAUGAAUUAUGAAUCCUAAUGAACAGUAAAAGUGUACUUGUAUGUGAAUGUUUGCUACUUUCUGUGAUUCUGUUACCCUUUUUCACUAAUUAAGGAUGUGUGUGUUUGAUUUUUUGGGGUUUAUUUGGAUGAUUUUCCUUGUGUUCAUCAGAGGCGAGUGAUCUCUGAAUGCACAGUCGAUACUAGAUUUGGGAACCAGCCAUACAAAUGGGAGAAUCUCAUAAAUAAGUCAUAUUUCACUUCAAAUCAUAUGCAAUUAUGCAUUUUCCAUAGAGACAAUUGGACCAUAAAUUUCUUUUCUUUGCAUCGCCACACUAAAGCACGUUUUUUCCAAUUUCAAAUUACCAUACAUAAAACGCUAUGGAGAGAAUUGGGUAUGCCUAUAUAUAUAUAUAUAUAUAUAUACACACACACACACACCCUUAUCUAUAGCUUUACAUUAAAAACCCCAAAUGCAUCAUUGGAGUAUAAUUUAUUUGACAUUAUGCAUUAAUUUUGUUUGCUACAGCAAUACUUCAUUGAGAUUUUAGUGGUUGAAUGAGCUUAUUUGUCAUCAGUGUCCUUUAAAUGUUCUUGAUUUUCCUUGAAAAUAUUCUUAGUUGAAUCCAGUUUUAUCGUUUUGUUUUGGUUCGGUUUUUGCGGUGAAAUAUGACAAGCUUGUUCUUGGCAGUUUUUGUGAGAUUUCUCUCGAAUGGAAUAUAAUGCAAAAAGUACGUUUCGUUAAGUUGAACAAAAGGAAGGGUUCUAGAAAGUGCUCGAGUGAUGUUAAAGUGAUGAAAAUUAUGAAGUUGGAGCAAGGAAUUGACACGAUAGAUAUGAAUGUCACUAUUGAUUGUAAAAUACAGAUUCUUUUUUUUUUUUCUUACUCACGACCACAAAAACACCCACUUGUGUAAGUUAUCCUCCUCAUGCUUCGAACACAGAUAGGUGUGUGGUUUAUUAAUGCUGUGUUUACACCACUCAUGAAUGUGUUGUUUGUCAGGAUUUCCUCUGAUUUGUGAUGCCUUCCUCUCGCCACAUUAGAUUGUGCUGCAGUUCCACCGGCUGAUCUCAGAACAGCGCCCCCUGUCAUCCUCAUGAAUCACAGUGUUGUUAGAAGGAGCCCAGAUCAGCGUCGAGCAACUCUGUAGUGUUCCUCCUCAGAUGUGCUUCAGCCUCAUGUGUGCUUUAAUAAACGCUUCAGAAUAAACUCUGCUUUUCAAACCAAA